AUUAAGGAGGACACUUGAAGUAAUGAGCACUUGGUGUUAUAUGCAACUGAUGAAUCACUAAAUUCUACCUCUGAAACUAAUAAUACAGUGUAUGUUAAUUAAAUUGAAUUUAAAUAAAUUUUUUUAAAUAGUUAAGAACAUAAAUUUUAUGUUAUGUGUAUUUUACCAAAAUAAAAAACAAAUUUCAAAAAAAUCCCCAAACAAAGAUAUACUGCAAGGAGUCUUGGUCCCAUUUUUCUCCUCCAUCUUGCUGAUUCCCACUCUGCUCCAAGGUAACCAAUCUUGGUAGUUUCUGUAUCUCCUUCCAGGUUUUCUUUUUGCAAAUAUAAACAAAUAUAAAGCUAUAAUAUUCACCUUCUGACUUUUUAAAAGAUAUAUUUUUUUAACUUCUUUACUUUUUCUGGAGUAUGUAGCAAAAGGAGCUAGUAAGUACCCAGUUUGAAUGAACUCACAAGAUGGAGACUUGGAAGAAGAUAGGAUAGCUAUUUGAGGAGAGGGUAAAAUAAUCUUGCUUGCUCACCGCCAUGAGGCUUCUAGGGACAUCCAGGGUCCCCCAGGACAGAGCCUUGGUCAGCUAUCUCUCCUAGGCAGAUUCUCAAGCUCCUCAGAGUUACCCUUUCUCUGGAACUCUCCUAGGCCACUCCCUCUGAUGUAAUAUCUGGGUUUGGACAGAAAGGAGGGAGCUGUCUGGGCUGGCUCCUCUUUUCUGAGCUGUCUGGGCUGGCUCCUCUUUCUAGAACAAUUCAGUCUUCAUGGCAACUCAGACCUCAGCUCCAACAUCUGCAUUCUGAAGCAAGGAUGGCUGAGAUGGACAGAAUGCUUCAUUCUGGAAGGAAACAGUGUUCCAGGUCGAGCUGAAUCUGCCAAACACAGACCCUCUCUGUGGUUUUAGAAGAAAUCUUGACAAGUCUUAUCAUGUGGUUUUUCUACGCCUUGAUACCUUGUUUACUCAUAGAAACUAAUUUGAAGCUGUGACAUUCCUCUGAUACGAACCCACAUGUCAGCCUGUCUAAAUGCCUCAAACCCAGAUGGAGUGACCGUCCUGCCUGCCCCUCAGAACCUUUCUGUACAAUCAACCAACAUGAAGCAUCUCUUGACGUGGAGCCCAGUGACUGUGCCUGGAGAAAUAAUAUACUAUUUUGUCGAGUACCAGGGAGAGUAUGAGAGCCUGUACAUGAGCCACAUCUGGAUCCCCGGCAGCUGGUGCUCACCCACUGAAGGUCCUGAGUGUGACAUCACCGAUGACAUCACUGCCACUGUGCCGUACAAGCUCCGUGUCAGGGCCACCCUGGGCUCACAGACCUCAGCCUGGAGCACCCUGCAGCAUCCCUUUAACCGAAACUCAACCACCCUCACACCGCCUGUGAUGGAGGUCACCAAGGAUGGCUUCCACCUGGUUAUUAAGCUGGAAGACCUGGGGCCCCAGUUUGAGUUCCUUGUGGCUUACUGGAGGAGGGAGCCUGGUGCCAAGGAACAUGUCAAAGUGGUGAGGAGCAGGGGCAUUCCGGUGCACCUGGAAACCAUGGAACCAGGGGCUGCAUACUGUGUGAAGGUCCAGACGUUCGUGAAGGCCAUCAGGAGGCACAGUCCUUUCAGCCAGGCAGAGUGUGUCAAGGUGCAAGGAGAGACCCUCCCCCUGGUGCUGGCCCUGUUUGCGUUUGUUGGCUUCAUGCUGAUCCUUGUGGUUGUGCCCCUUUCCGUCUGGAAAAUGGGGCGGCUGCUCCGGAACUCCUGUUGCCCCGUGGUGGUGCUCCCCGACACCUUGAAAAUAACCAAUUCACCCCAGAAGUUAAUCAGCUGCAGGAGGGAAGAGGUGGAAGCCUGUGCCACAGCCGUGCUGUCUUCUGAGGAACCCUUCAGGGUCUGGCUCUAGCAGGCUGGGGAAGGUCUCCAUUGAAACUGAGAAUCUGACUGGCACGGCACAGGAGCCAUGAGGGGGAAGGCCCUGUAGCUGUUUUCCACCACCAACAAAGGACAAGGAAAGCAAGAAGAGCCUGCUGUGUCCAUGUCUAGAGGCGACUGUCAGAGGCAGACUGGUUUGGCAGACACAGCACUGAGGGGGGUCAGGAGAUGAGACCUCUAGAACUAGGUCUGUCUGCCCUUCACUGACUGAAUGACCCUGGAGAAAGUAGCUUGGUUUCUCUGGUCCUCAGUUUCUCAUCUGUAAAAUGGGGGAAUUAACCAUACAACUGUGAAACCACUAUAUAUAUCUGGCACUUGCAGAGCUUUGGGAAACUGGCAGUACUGUACAUUGUGAUUGGUUCAACUUUUCUGCAGAGCAGGAUAAAAAUUGUAAUGAGAAUGAUAAAAACUCUUUCCACCAGUUGACUUGGAGAGCCCACUUUCCUAGAGGAAACCUUGAUGAGGAAAGGAAGGCUGGCUACAACAGUGUUGACUUCACUUCAAGCCAAAUGCCUGUGCGGGGGUUAAUGGCUCAGCCAGCUCUACAAUACAUGCCCUAGAAGGAGGCCACAGGCCCGUGGAAAAUGGGACGUGCUGUGCAUACAUGAGAUAUUGUAAAGGGUAAAUAACAUAUGCCCACUGAAGGCAGCAGGUAGAAUGUGUGUGUUCGAGGAGAGAAUACAGAAGGAUGUCGAUAAUAAAUGUGGUGUUUGCUGUGUUCCUUUCACCUGUAGAGUUGUUAAAGUAUAGAAUUAAAAAGAGAAAGGGGUCA